AUGUACCGCGUGGUGGUGACUGGAAUGGGCUCUGUCACGCCUUUCGGAAGAGGUGUGGCUGCACUUCGGGCAGGACUUCUGGAAGAUAAAUCGGCCCUGAGAUUUGACGACGGGUUGAAGUUUGUGGUGAGUAUCAUAGUUCAGAUGACAUCCCUCUCCAGAACAUUAUCAAUUCAAAGCGCGGCUUUUGAAUAUAGCCGAUUCACGGGUGGCUUGUACCGUCGAAAAAUUAGUCCUGACAGCGUGAAAAAGGAAAGGCUGUCUGGUUGUUGGAGAGAGCAGACAGGUGCCAGCCCAUUAGCGCCCCAAGCCACUUGUGAAUCAGUUGUUGCACAUUCCGCGCCAGCUUUUCAGGCCUAGCUACAGAACCUUUCCCUUUCCUGUUUCUGUGCAUGCGCCUUCAAUUUAACCUGAAUUUUGCGGCAUCUUAAAGGCGCAUGCACAAAGACAGCCCGCGCACAUCGAAGAGAAAGGUUCCGUAGCUCGUUGAAGGACAAAAACUGCGACAAGCUGACGUAGAGUAGGAAUAGCCUUUAGUAAAUGAAAGAAGUUUUUCCUUUGUAGGUUGGCUCGGUGCCAGAAAGUCCAGAACUUUUCGGGCAAUGGUCGACGGGAGAAAAGCGGGAGAUGAGCCGUGGCAGCAUGAUGACCCUCGUCGCUGCUGAUGAAGUCUGUUUUGAGUUGAUGCGCAGCGAAAUUAUCGUCUUUUUUUGGCACUGAGAGAAGCCCAAGGCUUGGAACUUUGCCAUGAAGAGACUUUGGUGAACAUUGGAACGUGUAUGGCCGAUUUGGAACAUAUUGGAGAGACGGCGGAGAAAGUAAAGAACGGACAAGUUAGGUAGAAAACAUUUUGUUCAACCCUUUUCACUCAUUUUUUAUUUUAAGAAAAGUCUCCCCGUACUUUGUACCGAGGAUCUUGAACAAUCUGCCGGCUGGAUAUGUGGCUAUGAAGUUUGACUAAUGGACAAUAAUUGACUUAUGCGGGAAUUCAGGUACAAAAUGAUGGGAGGCGUGGAGAGCACCUCGACGGCUUGUGCCACGGGCCUUCACUGUAUAGGUUCAUUAUUUGAUAUUUAUCUAAAUUUUUUUAAGUUUUUUUAAUAAUUUAAUGAAGGUUUGUUAAAUACAAUUACUAAAUAUAAAUGGGAAGAAUAAGAGCGGAAAAGUUAAGAAUAGUUAAUAGGGCGGAAAUAGAAAUAUUAAUAUAUAAACACAAAGGCGUUUCCUGUCUCAAAAAUUUAUCGUUCUGUAUUUUUAAAAUUGCUAUAAUAACUGAUAUUUGAAAAAAAUUACGGUUUUUUUGGCUCAGUUUUUUUAAACUUAAAACUAUAGAAACUUAUUUCAGUUCUUAGUUUAGUUAAAAGUAGGCUCACAAAGAUUUUGUCUUAAUAAGAAAUCAAAGACACGUUAUUUAGAAAUGUGAACCCGAGCGAAUAAGUCAAUUUAUGUUCAAAACAUUUCAUACACUUUUUUCAUCAGGAAACGCCUUCCGAUCAGUGAGGCAUGGAUGGGCCCGCCGAGCCCUGGCUGGAGCCACCGAAUGUGCUGUCAACCCGAUUUCCAUCGCUGGUUUUGAUAGGUUUUUCAAGAAAUCCAAGAAAGUUGAUCAACGACAGCUUCAGGAUGAGAGCCUUGGCCCAUGGCGAUUCGCCGAAAAUCAGCAGACCGUUUGACAAAAGCCGUAGUGGAUUCGUGUUGAGCGAGGGGGUCUGUUCAGGGAGAAAUUGAAAAUCAAUGAGUUCCGAUGGAAAAGAGCCUUAUCCAUCAAAAAUUCGCUCAAGAAACCAACCCUCAAACCACUGCGCAGACCACCUCGGUGUGAGAGGUAGGUCUAGGCGCGUACUCUUCCUGGACUUCUUCAAGAAGCUUUUUCUCAGAAGCCUAUCGGGUAUAGCGGAUAAUCUUUCUCGUUUCCAAGGACUCUUACCGAGGUCCAGUAGCCACCAAAGUUUCAACUCGUUUCGCGUCCCCCAAUAGUUCCCUAGUAAGCAUGAAGAGCCUUUCUGAAGGGGAAGAGUGGAAAAAAAAGUCUCAGAAAAAAUAAAAAUAAAACUUCUUGAGAAUCCAAAGUAUAUAAACUUCUAGGAAAUUGAGCUUCAAAAUAGAAAAGAAAAAAUUCUUAGGACUAGGAGUAUUCCGCUGAAGUUGAUCAUGGGGUAUGACUGAUUUCAAUUCUGUAAUGAUUUUUUUUUUGUCAUUUUCCUCAUGGGUCUUUAAAAAGUGUAAAAAAUGUGUUUUAGAUAAAAAAUCUUGCGCAUUUUGAUUAAUAACUUGUUUUCAGAGCGGCGUGGUCUUCCUAGAACGUUUGGAAGACGCUUUGGAGCGAAAUGCGCCAAUUCUUGUUGAAAUUGUUGGUUACGGUAAUAUAUAAGCUUUGAGGGGAGAACGGCCAAGAAAAUGUCAAAUCUAAGCAGGAAAGAGAACAAUUUUCUGAGGAUAAACUCUUUCAAAAAAAAAAAAUAAAACAGUAUUUCUUCUAGAAGUUUUCUAUCAUGGUAGUUUAAAAUUUCGAGCAAUAAUUUUUUGAGUUUUAUCAUUUUUGAGUUGGCUGAGAUUUAAAAGCAAUCUAGAAGCCUUUAGAUAAAAAAAAAGUGAAAACUUUUUCAGGGCCUUUUUGCUACUUUGUGAGGUCUUUGCUGUUCAGUUUGCCAUGUUUCGCCUGGAUUCCAUGUCAGAAGCCUAAUAAUUUUAUUUGAUCGUUUGCAGGCCUCUCCUCCGAUGCUCAUCACAUAUCGACCCCUGAGCCGUCUGGAAUCGGAGCAAAACUUGCGAUGAGCCGAGCUCUGAGGGAUGGGAAUCUUCCGGAGAGCGAUGUCGAGUUAAUUUUCACGCGAUGAUCGCAAAAAUUGACCAAAUUUUAAGUUACGUGAACGCCCAUGCAACGUCGACGCCCCGUGGCGACACCAUCGAGGCCAAGGCGAUCCGCGACGUUUUCCAGCGCGAUAUCGCCGUUAGCAGUGUCAAAGGUCAGAUAAAUAUAUAGCCUAUUCCGCGCGAUUUUUUUUUCGAGCUCCAUAACCUUUAUUCGAGAUGCCCGGAAUUACCACGCGCCUUCAAUAUUACGGAAGUUUUUUUGGUCAAAAUGAGUGUUUGAAGGCGCAUAAGCUAAUUUCUUCAAGGUUUCGAGACGAUAAUCCAUUUUCUGUUAUUUUCUAGUUUCACAUAAAACUUCGACACUGUUAAAAAAAAAAUAAGGAAGUUUGAACGCAGCAGCAACUGGAGCGUCUCUCUGUGCUUUUUCCAUAUUCUUAAGACGAAAUAAGUGUUUUCUAGGGUUCAUAAAUUCAUAUUCACAGCGUUUUUUCGUUCCAGGACACAUUGGUCAUUUGCUCGGAGCUGCUGGUUCUGUUGAAACGAUUGCGACCAUCUGCGCCCUGAUGGACCGAAAACUGCCCGCCAAUCUGAACUUGGAAGAGAGCGAGGUGAUUUUUCAAAGUUCAUUCGUGUUUUCUGUUGAUGAAUGAUGAAAAGUAGGCAGAGAAGUUGAAUAAAUGUCUGAGACCCCUUCUCAGCUCCCUUCAACAGGUUCAAGGAAUUUCAAAACAAGAAACACACCAGAAAAUGAAUUAUCUUGUUUCAGGAUGACGGAAAACUUCAGUUGCUGCGGAAAUCAACGCCAUGGACCUCCAAAACGCCCAUAAUCGCCAUUGUGAACUCUUUCGGUUUCGGCGCCACCAACUCUAGUCUGCUCCUUCGAGAAUUCCAGUCAUAG